UUUUAACUGAGGGAAAGCCUACAAACUCAUCAAAAAACCAUUGAAAAAUAUUCCCAAUCACUAGGCUGGAGUUGCACAUUGAAACAAAUUGUGCUUGAAAAACUGCUCCAGAAUCCAUUUCGAGCUCUGAUCGAGGUCACGGAAGGCAAACAUUGCUUUCACAGUUGUUAUUCUCGAAAAGUGAACACGUGGCGAGUGUGGCUGGACGGAGUUUGUUUAAAAUUAGUCUUAGUAAUUCAUACUCGAUGUAGCUGGUAAUCGCCAACGUACAUAGAGCGCAUCCUACCCCUUCGUCAACAGCCAUUGUGACUAUUGCCAAAGAGUCCGAGAUUUGUUUGCUUUGGAGAUAAAUACAUUAAAACUUCAACUCUUACUUUUAGGUGAGGAGCUCGCGAUCAGACUAAACUUACUCAAAUAGGUUUGCACACGACACUCAGGGAUCAACUGACUUCUCAACUCUGAGAUAAUGUGGAUCGAAUCACUGGUACUGUCACAUGAAGUAGAUUUUUUUUAUCAACACGAUAACCAGCGCUAACAUUCCUAAAAUUUCUCUUUAAUUUAAGCCAUCGAAAGAAAAUACACUCAGCACCUGUAUUUAAAAGUGUUUUAGUUGUAGGCACAUUCGAAAUAUCCCUUUAUAGUUUGGCAGCCCAAGAAUUGUCUUCAGUCAUGCUGGCAAACUUGAACCUCGCGUGCCUACAACCAGGAACUUCAGCGGUUGGGUGACACAGUGAUUAAUCAUUCUACUCGACACCCCCCUCCUUCCCACAACGGGUUGAAUGUCACGCGUGCGGCACGGUCGGGGCGCCCCGAACAUACACCCUUGGGUGUUCUAAAACGUCCUACUUUGCACACGGCGAGUGCUCAGGCCCGACCCAGGCUCUCCCUGGUCCUACUAACAAGUCUGUCUCUAAAUUCAAGUAAUCGCUCAGCCUCCAGGCCUAGAAACUCGAGUACAGGCCACUGAUCAUAACAACCGCUAGUGCAGUGUUGUCAGCUUAGUGGAGAGGCAAAUUGGCUAGCCGUGUGGCAUUCAUGUGCACGCGCGAAACUACAAGUCUCACUCAUGUUACACCACUGGUCUUGGACGUGUUGGAGAUUCCCGUUAUUCCAUUAUUACAGUGCGAGAGUCAAUAUUCAGUUACAGUGUGGGGGGAAAUUUAGAGUGUGACAUUUUUGUUUUAAGCGCUGACACCAACGCAUAACAGAGAAGGAAGCUGAUGCAAUUUUCACACGUCGAAUAGAGAAAUUCCUGAUUAGUUUCAUGGACAUUGUUUCACGAUUAAUUCACUGGAGAAAGGAGAUGCCGACAACUCGACUGAAAAAUCAUAUCGACAAGCCUAUGUGAAAUAGUGGCAUUAGCCGUAAUGUGCAGACCGGCAGAGUGCCAUUAGAAAAUGUGAAAAGAUAUCCCGAAAGUGCAAUAAAGCUAUUCCUGUCAUCUUGAGCGCUAGCGUCCGGUCAGGGGACAGACGAAAAGUGUCGAGUGGGUGUUAGAGCGACAGUAGCCGGCGCCACACAUUGCUGGCGGUUUGCUGGGUGAUGAUGACGAUCAACUCAACGCCACAGCUCAAAUACAAAUAUGAACACGUCAGUACUCACAAUACAUAGGAAGAUGCAACGUGGACGGCCGGCUAAAAAUUGUUACCGUUCUGAUAACACUUGUAAGUGAAUAGUCCCACAAUGAUGAAUAAAUAAAAAUGUUUGAAGAGGUCACAACUAGGCCUACGUCUUCAAAAUUCCGUGUGGGUAUUUUGUUUUUAACAGCGACGCGACUUUUAAGUCAGAUUGGAAUGAUGUGUCUCCCGGCUGCCGUGGGUUAUCGUUCACUCUUCGACAGAGGCUGUGGCAAUUCAAACAGGGCCGAGGAAAACGGUAGCAUUUCAGACAAGGCUGUAUUUUAUUACGCGACCAGGCUGCAACCGGCGCGCACUUGACCGUGUAAAAAUACACUAUGAGGGCUCAGUGCGAGGGAGGAAGAUACGCUUUUAGGCCCUGUGCUGUGUUACUCUUAGGUGUAACUGUAACCGUGCGUUAAAGCCCCCCUUCUCUCUGUCAAUGGCCUAAUUAGCAUGAAGUGUAUGAUGGACAGGAGAGCCAGCCUGUAAGACCUCCCAAUGGGGCGGGACGAAUGAGCUGAGGGAUCUAGCUUCUCAUUUACAUGUCUAUGGAGCUCGGCAUGUCAUCCCUUCUGCUAUAUACAGCCUUACUGCAGCAGCCUAGAUACUGGCGGUCCAAUGUGAUGCCCAACUAAGGACUGCACGGUGGAUAAGCACACUCCCUCAUUCGUCAGGUUGGAAUCACUGAGAUCGCAUCGUUCCCUCGAGUUCCGUGUGUUAAUAACAUUGACCCAAUCGGGGCACACAUUGUUGUACAUGUUAGCUCAACCGGACCAUUGCUUCCUUCCUAUCAAGCAACAAACCGGAGCCCAUCGGGAAUAAAUACGGUCGAGGUCCUCUUCCGUCGGAUGUGUUUUGGGUUUUCCUUUUUUUCGGUACCAGUCCACGAUUCGUGAGGAAGGGAUACACUUGCCCACCCACAUGUCGGCGACAGUUAUAUUAAGCGGGAUUUAUCCAUAGUUUGUCACCUUUUCUUCACCCAUCCAGACCAGUGUGAGAUGUCAGUCCUACGUCGCUGCGCGCAUGUUGUAGAUACACUGACGAUAGUUGUUUCCAGCCGAAGUUUUGGCCAGUGCACCGAACUUGGUUGUCACCUUGUCUGUAGAAGCAGCGAACUCAUUCCGGACCGGCGGCAGCUCGCUCUGACGCGGUGGGCAAAAUUUGAAGCCUCGUCGGUACAGCUGGUCUUGGAGUCGCGGCCAAUGUUUGGCCCAGGGCCCAUGUCCUAGCCCCGUUGCAUGUCAACGCCACUUCACAGCAACUCAUGCUUUGUGCUUAUAUCUGGGACAAGAGCGAUGUUUGUGGUGAAACGGAUAGUUACUACAUUGUUACAUAUCAUCAUCAUCUGGUGUCUUAGCGUACAGGAGUCAGUCCAACAAGAUUACGAAAACAGUUUCGAUCAAGGGCUUGCGGGGAUCGACUUCGACUACACUGUAUCCAAGCCAACACACCUGCAGUUAUACAGUCGAGCCAGUGCCAAGCAUUUACGAAUCAUGGGGAGAAACAUCGACGCCAAUGGGAGUUUUGGCGACCCGGAUGCAAGGCUACUAUUCCGGACGAAUUCACUCGAGGGCCAAAUAACGAUUCAGGGCGAGCAGACCGGAUAUUUCUUGUGCAUCAACAAAAAGGGACACGUGGUCGGACGGAGACUUAAGAAAGGCGGAAGUGUGUCUUGUGUCUUUACGGAAACCAUCAACAACGGAUAUACGGAGUUGAAACUGGUCCAGAAAACCGAGAUGUACCUAGGAUUCAAUAGAGACGGACGAGCCAUGCGAGCUCAGAGGACUCGGCCGGGUGUCAAGUCCGUGCAGUUCUUGAAACGGUCCCUUCCAGAGUCAAAUUCAGACGACGAAUCCUCCAUGAGCUCUGCGGACAUUUAUAGGUUCUACCAGUUGAUUCAACAAAUGGAAACGAACAACGACGCCACAAGGCAGGAGGACACAGCCAGCUGAUGAAUAAUUCAUGUUUUUCUCCACAUCACAAGCAUCAAUCGUCCGGUUUGCCACGGACCGUUUCCCCUACCCUCACCCUCAAGAAUUAGCUUAUGUAAGUUUAUGUAUAUAAAGUGUAACAAUAUUUUUAUAUGAAGAUUGGUAAUUUAUAUAAUUGUAAAUUAAUAUUGUACCAAAUGACUUCGAAGAAGUAUUUAUUUAUUACGCUGGCUUGGUUGACAAUAUUAAAAACACGUGGCGACAUUGGAUUGGACAAAGUGGGAACACGCACUUUGAGAACAGCCUAUUGAGCAUGCGCGAUGACGUCAUGUUUACGUAAACAGCAGCAUUGUGUCUUGCAGUUGGGACCAUGCUAACUUUACGAAGCACCAAAAGGCGUCUUUUCUACUUGCGUCUUCCGUUCGUGUUUAAUGCUGGGAUUAAUACCAUCUUCCGCAACACUGCCAAGAACCACGGACAGCUAGGCAUGCAUUGCAGGCACAGGACGCACAGGACGGCCGCUAUGUUGGGGGUUAUUCCACAACCAUCUUGGGUGUUUCUGGAACGUUUAGGACUUCCAUGCAGUGUGGAUAUGGAUUCAACGCUGCUCUCGAUUAUAUUUCCGUUUGGAUGGAUAGCAGACGACCCUGGUUACCAAUCAUUAUAAAAGGCCAGUUAAGUGGUACUCCCAUUUCCUCACAAUCCAGAUUCCCAAAUUCGUAUCUUUGUAGGAAAAUUUCAUUAUUUAGGAAGUAAAAUGCAGACACUACAAACUAAGCACCUGGAAACGUGUUCCAUAAAGCCAGAUAAAUUCAUCCACAUACUAACCAUGACUGUUUGACAGGUAGGCCUGUACCUUUCCGCUCUUUCCGUCAUUAACCUCUCUUCAUUUUCUGGUUACCAAACCAAGGUGACUGCACACUUUGGUGCAUUUGCUGACGUAAUGGGGGUGUCACAACUGUUCCUUUGAAGUGACCAGGUGAUAUAGCACAGGAGCAGCCCAGGUAUAUCACGUGACUGCAAAGGCAGUCACUCCUUUGUUCCUCCUGAAACAUACUAUGGUAUAUAUCUUCUCUUCUUACGUAAGCUGUAUAGCAAUGUCUCAUUAUCAUCGUUAGGAAGUAAUCAAAAACAGGACAAAGGGAAGUAAUUGUGAUCAUUUUUAUAUUCUGAAUAAUAUGUAAAUCAGAGAUUUGUCUUACCAAUUAUUUGGGGGGGGGUGAACAAAGUAUACCGGGACCAUUUGGCCCAUCGCGUAUUUGGUGUUUUCCCCCCAAAUAAUGUUUUCUGGAAGGUAUACUUCCAAAGCUAAAUUUAUGAACAAGUCACUGGUGAUACAUUUUUAUUCAGUGUUGUAAAGUCUGCAGACGAAACAAAUAUAUACAGUGUGUGUGCGUAUGCUUCUUUUAAAAAUCAGUACAGUGUAUCUAGAUUUACCAUAUUUACGGCAACUUAAUUGAGCAAACAGAGACAGCAUUCUGAGCACACCUUUUCUAUGUGAAGGUCUUGCAUACGAUAGAUUCGUAUGUAUGCCAUGUUUCUUGUAAUGGCAUCUUAUAUGUGCCAUAUUGAUGCCUUCUAACGUUAAGGCAGUACAUGGGUUCGAAAGGUAUCAGAUAUUGCACGUUGUUGCGGGUAUAAAGACAAGCAUUAAAUGUACAUGUAUCUCAUCACUUCUGUGACAUUGAACUAUUCAAGAGACAGUGUAAGUUGGAGUCAGGCAUUUUUUAAUGAUCAGCCUGAGCCGUUCCACUUUUAGGUUUCUAUCUUAAAAUGCUGCAAGUUUCUCUCCCACUUUGUGAGACAUUGAGAGUCCAUUUCAGCUGGCCCACUGAAUUGCACAUUAUUAAUCUGCCCAAGGAUCCUCAAAGGACGUAUUAGGCCAGUGUAGUCAUACAACGGAGUUUGGUAAUACUUGUUGGACGAGAUGAUGGUCAAAGGUCAACAUGUUACGAAUAGCCGAAUGCUCUGUAUGACAGUGUCCAUGACCGAUUCUUUCGGGCUUUGAAAUUUUGCUUUUAAAGUUUAAAACGACAGGGGACACUGCGGUCAUGGUACAUGUACAUCCGUCAGGUGUACAAUUGUCAGCAUUUUUUGCUAAGCCAGCAAGGUAUUUCCACCACUAUCUACUUUUCCUUUUUUAAACAGUUGGGCACUGAAACACGAGAAAAUCUCUGAGAUUGGAAACAGUUCUUUGUCAAGCAGAUAUUUAAGUAUUUAAGAUAAGUAUGACUUCGCCUCUGACAAACUGCAGCUGUGGGUAUAACUGUGUAGAUUAGAAGCCGUCUGCUCGUCAUAGGCCACCGGGAGGAUGAGAUUUGGGGUCUGUAGUCCCAUCUGACCGGCUCCUAUUUCCGACAUACUGCCAGGUCUGCGAGUUCAUGACCUCAAACAUCGCUUCUGUGGUCACCCCUUGAGACACGGGCAUUCUGAUUUCAAUAAACGUGCUACCAAGCCUUCUUUAUUUCGGAGUACAUACAGUCUGGUACAGUACGUUUUGAUUGAUCUAUGGGAUGUUUCAGCUUCGGCUUGAAACAUUGGCCUUCCUGUCAGUGAAUCAUUCUAAAGGUUGCCAUUCGUUGAUUUUCGGCAACACAUUGUACGUGAUGAAAAAACUAACAGACAAUCCACUCUAGGAAAUGAACUGAGACUCUUUCAGCAGACCAUAUCACUCAAAUUCAAGAUACUUUACUUUGUUGUAGAGUAAAAAAAACAAUCAAAUAAAAAAUGAUAACUGUAAAUGAAACACGAGCCUGGCGAUUAGCGAGGCCUUACAUGGCCUCAGUUUCCCAAUGCUUUGUUUGUGAUAUCAUUAUAGGCCUAUUUCGUCGUAUCCGCUGAAGAGGUGGCAGUAACCCUUUAUAGCAACAAAUCGGGCAUUACUUGAUGUCAUUCGUACCGGUAUCUGCCAGCCUGUCGUUCUGCACCUUCCACAGCCCCUGUAGAAAGUACGUGCCGUGCGUGGCACAAUAAUACAUUGUGCAAUAAACUGCGUUUAGUCAGCAAGCUCAGACUGAAUUCAACCCUGACAAAAAAUUGCGACAUAAGUAAACAACAUGCAUCCUGUACGUUUGUGAAAGCACUGAUCCAGUCCACUGUAAAUUUGGCGUUAUUAUAAACGGACAUGUUACAUGUAUUGUACUUGUAUUCACGUGGUCCUAUUGACCGCAAUGGCUGCAGAUUUGGCUCUGGAUGUGUGCUACACAAGCUAUCCACGUACAUAUGUACAUGUAUAAAGUAUGUGGCCAAUAGCGAUCGCUGUUAAGGAUUCAACGCUUGAGAGUUAUGUCACACCACCAGUAAUUGGUCAAAGGUGGUUAGUUGGUUUAUGCGGAAGUUGCAUCAUAAGGGACUUGAGUAAUUGCUUUAAUACAUGACACAAAGACUGCUCACAAAUUCAAAGCUUUGGUAAAAUAGUAAGUAUGUAUCGUUGACUGUAGUAAGCGUGGAAUCGGUAUUUUACAAAACUACAAAUUGAAACAAUUACCGAUUUUGAUCUUUGUUUUCAAUGGGAAUGGUUUGCUGUUGUUUCAUCACUCAAUGGUAUCCAGCUACAUGUACAAUCAAGUUCAAUUCUGUAACUUCGCCUGGACCAUUAGGAAGAUGUAUUCUGUUUACGGUAGACGGAUCUACUUUUGUUUUCAAUGAAUCCCUUUCCUCCGUUCCUGUCACAUCUUGGAUGAACGUUUUCCAGUGCCGUAUCCAGAUGUUUAUUUCUGUGGCCUCGUCGAGCGUAGUGCAUAUUAAAAAAAGUCAUGUAAUGUUGAUAUAAAUGUUGUUACAACAAUUAAUAUUGUGAAUUUUACACAAGUCGCGGGACCAAUGUUGUACGCUGUAACUCGAAGAACUUGAAAAAAUAAUCAGACAAAAAAUAAUAAAAUGAUUUGUAAUGUACAACAUCAUGUGAGAAUAGUUGGUGGGUCGUAACGCCGAUGGUGCUGAAUAAAAAAUAUACGAAAAACUUGUCACUUUAAAAGCGAAACGAA